AUGUUGGGCGUGAUCAUCGGUGUCGGGGCAAUUAUAACCACUACCUCAAUUGGUGAAGGUGCGAAAGCCGACAUCACCGAACGAAUUCAGACAUUAGGUGCGAACAUUCUCGCGAUUCGUCCAGGGCAAAGUAGAUCUCGAGGGCGCGGCUCUGCCGAUGCGCGGAGAAGCCUCACCGUCAAAGACAUGGAGGCGUUACAAGAGCGCGGACAGAACUUUGGCUAUGUCACGCCUGAGGUGAGCAGCCGCGCACAGGUGAAGUAUCGAAAUAAAAAUGUAAAUACAACCAUCGUCGGGACAUCCCCGGAGUACCUUGUUACCGCGAAUUUUACCGUUGAGAAGGGGCGAUUUUUUACAGACAGUGAAAUCCGAUACCGUGAACGUGUAUGUGUCCUCGGCAAAACUGUCGUUGAUAAUCUUUUUGAGGAGGCAGAAGCGGUCGGCGAAAUCGUCAAGAUUAAGAAUGUGGGUUUUCGCGUCUUAGGUGUUAUGAAAGAGAAGGGCGCGAGCGGUUGGCGAAACCCGGACGAUCAGGUUUUCAUCCCUUAUUCCACCGCUAUGAAACGCGUUUUCGGAGAGGACUAUCUCGCGAGCAUCAGUAUACAGGCGAAUGAUGACAAACUCCUUACGUCCGCAGGAAACCGAGGGGCUACUUCUGCUGUCCGUGGCAGGGCGGGCGCGUUAGCGUUCAGCAGUGCCAAGUAUGCGACGCGAGGCUUAGCAUCGGCACUCGCUCGCGAGGUCGGUCCCCACGGUAUCCAUGUUGCUCAUGUUAUCAUUGACGGGGUCAUCGAUACGCCGGGGGUGCGACAACGCUAUACACUCGCGGAGAAUGAGCCGCUCCUUGAACCCGAUGCCAUUGCCGAUACCUAUUGGGCUUUAGUACAGCAGGAGCGGAGUGCAUGGACUUUUGAGGUCGAUGUCCGUCCCCAUAACGAGGAAUUUUUCACUUAG